CACACGUCCGUCAUGUCCGCCCAAAUCUCGAAGAAACGCAAGUUCGUCGCCGACGGCGUGUUCUACGCCGAGCUCAACGAGAUGCUCGUGCGCGAGCUCGCGGAGGAUGGCUACUCCGGCGUCGAGGUCCGCGUCACGCCGAUGCGUACGGAGAUCAUCAUUCGCGCGACGCGCACGCAAAACGUCCUCGGCGAGAAGGGCCGACGCAUUCGCGAGCUGACGUCUCUCGUGCAGAAGCGCUUCGGCUUCGCCGAGGGCUCCGUCGAGCUCUACGCGGAGAAGGUUGCGAACCGCGGCCUCUGCGCGAUCGCGCAGGCGGAGUCGCUGAGGUACAAGCUCCUCGGCGGGCUCGCGGUCAGGCGCGCGUGCUACGGCGUCUUGAGGUUCAUCAUGGAGAACGGCGCGAAGGGUUGCGAGGUUGUCGUCUCCGGCAAGCUCCGCGGCCAGCGUGGCAAGGCGAUGAAGUUCAAGGACGGGUACAUGAUCUCGUCCGGUAACCCCGUCCGCGAAUACAUCGAAUCCUCCGUCCGUCACGUUUUGCUUCGCCAAGGGUGCGUCGGGAUCAAGGUAAAAAUCAUGCUCGACUGGGACCCGAAAGGGCGCACGGGGCCGAAGACCCCGGUGCCGGACGUCGUCACGAUUCACAACCCGAAGGACGAGGACGAGAGCGGUCUCGCGAAGCCGUACGUUGGCAAGGAGCUCGAGAUGUAACUUGGCGUGUUCUUCUAGCGUAUAAUAGAGUUGGAAGCGAACGAGACAACAGUCAAUCGUU